GCGGAAUGCUGCUCCCUGAGGCGGUGGCCAAUCAGGAGGCGCGGACGCUGGGUGUAUCCAUUGUGCCAGCUGGAGCUGGGUGUGAGCGUCGCGUUCCCCGGGAAGGACACUUCCUCCUGGGCCAGGGGAUGAAAGGGAGCCCGGGGCUGCCGGCGGGCCCGGCCUUUUCCUAUGAGGGCCUGGUUCACGCUGUGGCCGGGGCAGCGGGGGGAGCCACGGCGAUGACCUUAUUCUACCCGUUGGACACUGCCCGCCUGAGGCUGCAAGUGGAUGAGAAGGUGAAGUCCCGUUCUGCCUGUGCUGUCCUGGCAACGAUUGUCAAAGAGGAGGGACUGUUGGCGGUCUAUCGGAGCUGGUUUCCCGUUAUCUCCAGCCUCUGCUGCUCAAACUUUGUCUACUUCUACACCUUCAAUGCCCUGAAGGAUGCCUGGGUCAAAGGUCAACCCUCCACCAAUGGCAAGGACCUCGUGAUGGGCUUUAUCUCUGGAGUUGUGAAUGUGAUGGUCACCACUCCGCUCUGGGUUGUAAACACCAGGCUCAAACUGCAGGGGGCAGUGCUCCGGAGCGGCGACAUCGAACGGGCUAACUACGCGGGGAUUCUGGAUGCCAUCAGCCGGAUAGUGAGGGAGGAGGGCAUCCUGGCCCUGUGGAGCAGCACCUUCCCCUCCCUCCUGCUCGUCUUCAACCCUGCCAUCCAGUUCAUGUUCUAUGAGGGGCUGAAGCGUCAGCUGAUGAGGGGGCGCACUGAGCUUCUCUCACUCGAGGUCUUCAUUAUUGGGGCUAUUUCCAAGGCUAUCGCCACAACAGUGACGUACCCCCUCCAGACGGUGCAAUCCUUGCUGAGGUUUGGCCAACAGAAGGUGGAUUCAGAGGGGAGGAUUGUGGGAAGCCUCCGAAGAGUGGUCUACAUCUUGAGGCAGAGAAUGAGGAAACAGGGUCUGUGGGGGCUGUACAAGGGAUUGGAGGCCAAGCUUCUCCAGACCAUUCUCACCUCUGCCCUCAUGUUCCUCGUCUAUGAGAAGAUUGCAGGGAUCAUAUUCCGACUCAUGGGUGUGAAUCCUCGCGUGGGAAAUUAGCAGAUGAAGGAACAAGCCCGGCAGCGUUGUCUGGAUUAGGCCGAACCCUGUCUGUGUUUUCAUUCCCCCCCCCGCCACCCCCCAGAAAUCACCGCCAUCCCAGAGCACUGUACUUUCACAGGGUGCUGCUAGUGGUGGGGAUGACGUUCCCUGAGCCAGCCUGGUAUCAACAGAGGCCGUCAUGGAUGAGGAAAUGUUGGUAAUUAUUAAAAUGAGCUUUAUUGAA